GCUGACUUCUCCAGCUGGCCCUGGGCAGCGGCACCAUCAAAGGCAACGCGCUCAGCCCUUGUUCUGCCCCAAAGCAGGAUUUCCCCUUGCCAAACCUCUGCCCCAUGGAGGAGGAGGCCGUGAGGAAGAGGAAAAUGUCCCAGGAGCCACAGGCAGAGCAGGAGCUGAGCAUGGAGAGCAGGCAGGACAAAUCCCCGCGGCAGAAGCUGGAGGCAGAGGCCGUUCUGAGCGGCUGCACGGCGCAGGAACCCAGCGGGGAGGAAAAGCCCCGGAGAUCCCUCAGCAGGACGGGCUGCAAACGGAGAGCGCGAGGAUGCGAGGGGGAAAGAGCCAGGCUGGGCCGGGGAGGCGGCCGGAGCUCGGAGCUGGGGGUCCCUGAGCAGCUCCAGGAUGGGGAGAAGCUCCACGCGUGCUCGGAAUGUGGGAAGAGCUUCCCGUGUAGAUCCAAACUCAUCCUGCAUAGCAGAUUGCACAUGCAGGAAAGGCCCUAUGAGUGUGGGGAAUGUGGGAAGACCUUCAGAUGGCAAUCCAGCCUGACCGUCCACUGCAGAAUCCACACCGGGGCGAGGGGCUACGAGUGUCCCCAGUGUGGGAAGAGGUUCACCCAACGCUUCCACCUGACCAGACACGAGAUGAUCCACAGCGGGGAGAGGCCCUACGAGUGUGAUCAAUGCAAGAAGAGGUUCCACACCGUCUAUGAUCUCCUCAGUCACCAGCGCGUUCACACAGACGAGAAGCCCUUCUGCUGCCCGGACUGCGGGAAGGGAUUCAGGCACAACGCCGGCCUCGUCAUCCACCGGCGCAUCCACACCGGGGAGAAACCCUUCGAGUGUGGGGAGUGUGGGAAGAGCUUCAGCACGAGCUCCAGCCUGGUGGUUCACCAGAGGAUGCACAGCGGGGAACGGCCCUACGAGUGUGGGGAGUGCGGGAAAAGCUUCAGCCGGAACGCAGGGCUGGUUGUCCACCAGAGGAUCCACACGGGAGAACGGCCUUACGAGUGUGGGAAGUGUGGGAAGAGCUUCUCAGGGAUCCCAGGGCUGAUUGCCCACCAGGUGAUCCACACUGGGGACAGGCCCUACGACUGUGGGCAGUGUGGGAAGAGCUUCCGCUCAAGCUCCUACCUGAUCAGACACCAGAUGAUCCACACCGGGGAGAGGCCCUACGAGUGUGAUCAAUGCAAGAAGAGGUUUCAGACCAGCUCUGAUCUCGUGAAGCACCAGCGCAUUCACACAGACGAGAAGCCCUUCCUCUGCCCCGACUGCGGGAAGGGAUUCAGGAACAACUCCCAGCUCGUCACCCACCGGCGCAUGCACACCGGGGAAAAACCCUUCGAGUGUGGGCUCUGUGGGAAGAGCUUCAACAGAAGCUCCUCGCUGAUCAAACACCGGAGAAUCCACAGCGGGGAGAAACCCUUCGAAUGUGGGCAGUGUGGGAAGAGAUUCUCCAGGAGAUCUGCCUUGACCAAACACGAAACCAGCCAUGACGGGGAGAAGCCCCACGCGUGCUCGGAGUGUGGGAAGAGCUUUAGAUGGAGAUCCUCCCUGAUCCGCCACUGCAGAAUCCACACCGGGGAACGUCCCUACGAGUGUGGGGAGUGCGGGAAGAGCUUCAACACAAGCUCCUACCUGAUUGUCCACCAGCGCAUCCACAGCGGGGAGAGGCCCUACGAGUGUGGGCUGUGCGGGAAGAGCUUCAUGCUGAGCUCUCACCUGAUCGUCCACCAGAGGAAUCACACGGGAGAGAGGCCCUACGAGUGUGACAAAUGCAAGAAGAGGUUUCAGACCAGCUCCACUCUCCUGAGUCACCAGCGCAUUCACACAGAGGAGAGGCCCUUCCGCUGCCCCGACUGCGGGAAGGGAUUCAGGGAGAAAUCCACCCUGGUCACCCACCGGCGCAUCCACACCGGGGAGAGGCCCUACGUGUGUGGGCUGUGUGGGAAGAGCUUCAACACGAGCUCCUACCUGAUGGUUCACCAGAGGAUGCACAGCGGGGAACGGCCCUACGAGUGUGGGCAGUGUGGGAAAAGCUUCACCCGGAGCUCCCAGCUGAUUGUGCACUACCGGAGCCACACCGGGGAACGGCCCUACGAGUGUCCCCAGUGCGGGAAGGGCUUCACCUGUAGCUCCAACCUGAUUGUCCACCAGAGGAGCCACACAGGGGAGAGGCCCUACGAGUGCGAUGAAUGCAAGGAGAGGUUUCCGAGCAUCGGUGAUCUCAUGGUGCACCAGCGCUCGCACGCAGAGGAGAAACCCUUCCGCUGCCCUGACUGCGGGCAGGGCUUUGAGCACAACUCCAGCCUCAGCGAGCAUCAGUGCACCCACACGAGUCCCUGCGAGUGUGGGGAAUGUGGGAAGAGCUUCAGCGAGAGCUCCAGCCUGGUUGUCCACCAGAGGAACCACGUCGGCGAGAGACCCUACGAGUGCGAUCAGUGCAAGAAGAGGUUUUACACCAGCUCCACUCUGCUCAGUCACCAGCGCACUCACAGCGAGGAGAGGCCCUUCCUCUGCCCCGAGUGCGGGCAGGGCUUUAAGCACAACUCGGCCCUCGUCAUCCACCAGCGCAUCCACACCGGGGAGAGGCCCUACGAGUGUGAUCAGUGCUGGAAGAGUUUCCACUCCACGUCCGACCUCCUCCUGCACCAGCGCAUUCACACCGACGAGAGGCCCUUCCGCUGCCCCGACUGCGGGAUGGGCUUCAAGCACAACUCCAGCCUCGUCAAGCACCGGCGCACCCACACCGGGGAGAAACCCUACGAGUGUUGGCAGUGUGGGAAGAGCUUCAGUACGAGCUUCAGCCUGAUCGUCCACCACAGGAUCCACACGGGAGAGCGGCCCUACGAGUGCGGGCAGUGCGGGAAGAGCUUCAGCCAGAGCUCAGGGCUGGUCGCUCACCAGAGGAUCCACACGGGAGAACGGCCCUACGAGUGUCUCCAGUGUGGGAAGAGCUUCACGCAGAGCUGUAACUUGACCAAACACCAGUGCAGCCGGCACUGUGGGCCGCCCAGAGAACAGGAAGAGCUCCGUGCGCUGCUCCCGCUGCCUCCCCUGUGGGAGGAUCCGCGCUGGAUGAUCCCCAGGGAGCCCCGGUGGGCAGAGCCCCGGUGAUCCCGGUUGGAAGAAUCCUGCCUGGCGGCUCCGCAUCCUCCUGCCUCGCCAUGUCCUGUAUUUCCUUUUAAUUUCUCUCUGUCCUUUCCAAACACGGGGUUAAAAAUAAAGAUGUUGAACUAAAACAA